UAGCGGCAGGAGCCGGGCGCUGCUGCCAAUCACAGCCCGGCGAAGCCGCCUCGCUGCUCCCGCAGAUCCGCGGGAGGCGGAGGCUGACUCCGGCGCUCGGGAGCGCGGCGCCGGCGGCAGGACCGCGAGCGGCGGCUCCCGGGCUCAUUCCAGAGUUCUCGCAGCCUUCCUGCCGGAGCCUGGCGGCUCCCCGCCGUAAUCCCCGGGUCCAAGAAGGAAGCUGCAUUUGGAGCGGCGUGCCGAGCAGAGGUUUGACUCGUUCCAGCUGGCUGCUCGCUCUGAAAGGACAGGCUGGGUACAAAUGAGAUGUGACUGCGCCGGUGGAGUUCAGUGACUGGGGCCGGAGCAAGAGGAGCCUUCCUGGGAUGCCGCUGACAGCUGCUGGCAACUGCAGACUCUGCCUGGUUUACCUGGAGCCCCGUGAAGAGCUUUGAAUAGCAGGUGUCUCUUUGCUGCACGCUAGGAAGAGAAAUUCUUCUCUAGGGUAUAGAUCAUCUCCUAAACCACCAGAAGCGAGGGCAGCUGGUCAGUGAUUCACAGAGAAAUGUUUGGAAAUGAGAGGAAAGUGCACUCUUCUAGGCUUCUAGAUAAUGUUAAGAGCCCUCUUCAUUGAUUAUUGGCAGCUGCUGCGUUCUGAGAAAACCUCUUCCAAUUUGUCUUUGCGGAUCCUUUGACUUCCCGCUCCGACAGCCUUACAGCCCCCCCGAACGCUUCAUAAAUGCACUGCAAUGGUCACAUGAACGUCUUGCAAGGGGAACCUCCGCAACUCCUCGUUCCCAUGGCACUUUAGGAAGAGCACCCGGCAAAGCGGCAAGUCCAGCAGGAGCUGGAAGCCCUGUGAAAGAUGAAUCCCAUCGGGAAGCUCCGCAGAAGCUUCCGAACGCUGGUCAUUCUCCUGGCCACCUUCUGCUUGGCCAGUAUUGUCAUCUCUGCCUAUUUCCUCUACACUGGCUACAAGCAGGAAAUGGCCCUCGUGGAAACCACUGGGCAAGCAGAGUGCGAGGACCUCAAACUUCUGCCCUACAGGUCUGCGGAGCUGAGAACACCUAAGCCAAUUGAUCCCUCUAGGACUGAUCCCACCGUGCUCCUGUUCGUGGAAAGCCAGUACUCCCAGCUGGGGCAAGACAUCAUAGCCAUCCUCGAGUCCAGCAAGUUUCAGUACCACAUGGUCAUCGCACCAGCCAAGGGCGACGUUCCCCCUCUCACAGACAACGGUAGAGGGAGGUACACGAUUGUUAUAUAUGAGAAUAUUUUAAAGUACGUGUCCAUGGACUCGUGGAAUAGAGAGCUUCUGGAAAAAUACUGUGUGGAAUACAGUGUUAGCAUAAUUGGUUUUCAUAAAGCCAACGAGAACAGCUCCCCGAGCACCAGACUGAAAGGGCUGCCACUACAGCUGUACAACAACGUGGCCCUCAGAGACUGCGUGGUGAACCCUCGGUCGCCCCUGCUGCGCAUCACCAAAGCGCCCAGGGUGGAGCAGGGCCCCCUGCCCGGCGAGGACUGGACAGUGUUCCAGUUCAACCAUUCCACCUACCAGCCCGUGCUCCUGAGCGAGCUGCAGCCCGCCAGGCCCACCCCCGCCACGCUGCCCAGGGCUGCUCUCUAUGCAACCGUCAUCCAGGACCUGGGCCUGCACGACGGCAUCCAGAGGGUCCUCUUUGGGAACAACCUGACCUUCUGGCUCCACAAGCUCAUCUUCAUCGACGCCAUCUCCUUCCUGUCGGGAAAGAAGCUCACGCUCUCCUUGGAGAGGUACAUUCUGGUUGACAUCGACGACAUCUUUGUCGGGAAGGAGGGGACGAGGAUGAACAUCGACGACGUGAAGGCUUUACUAGAGACUCAAAAUUUACUGCGCACUCAGGUUGCAAAUUUUACCUUCAACCUUGGAUUUUCAGGAAAAUUUUACCACACAGGCACUGAGGAGGAGGAUGAGGGCGAUGACCUGCUGCUGAGAUCUGUGGAUGAGUUCUGGUGGUUUCCCCACAUGUGGAGUCACAUGCAACCACACCUCUUCCACAAUGAGUCCUCGCUGGUGGAGCAGAUGAUCCUCAACAAAGAGUUUGCAAUGGAGCACGGCAUCCCCACGGGCAUGGGCUACGCGGUGGCUCCGCACCACUCCGGGGUGUACCCGGUGCACGUGCAGCUCUACGAGGCCUGGAAGAAGGUGUGGCACAUCCGCGUCACCAGCACGGAAGAGUACCCGCACCUGAAGCCUGCACGGUACAGACGGGGCUUCAUCCACAAUGGCAUCAUGGUGCUCCCUCGACAGACCUGUGGCCUUUUCACCCACACUAUUUUUUACAAGGAAUAUCCUGGUGGUCCUCAGGAGCUGGACAAAAGUAUCCGAGGAGGUGAACUGUUCCUCACCAUUCUCCUGAACCCCAUCAGCAUUUUCAUGACCCACCUGUCCAACUACGGGAACGACCGCCUGGGCCUGUACACCUUUGCCAACCUCGCCAGCUUUGUCAAGAGCUCCACAAACCUCAGGCUGCAGACGCUGCCCCCCGUGCAGCUGGCUCAGAAGUACUUCGAGCUCUUCCCCGAGCAGACAGACCCCCUCUGGCAGAACCCGUGUGACGAUAAGCGACACAGGGAUAUUUGGUCCAGAGACAAAACUUGCGACCACCUGCCCAAAUUCCUGGUGAUAGGACCCCAGAAAACAGGAACAACAGCCCUUUAUUUAUUCCUUCUGAUGCAUCCUUCCAUUAUCAGCAAUCUCCCCAGUCCAAAAACUUUUGAGGAAGUUCAAUUCUUCAAUGGCAACAACUACCACAAGGGAAUUGACUGGUACAUGGAAUUCUUCCCCGCUCCUUCCAACGCCACCACCGACCUCCUGUUUGAGAAAAGUGCCAACUAUUUCCACUCUGAGGAAGCUCCCAGGAGAGCUGCUUCCCUCAUCCCCAAGGCCAAGAUCAUCACCAUCCUCAUCGACCCGUCGGACCGCGCGUACUCCUGGUACCAGCACCAGCGCUCCCACGAGGACCCCGCUGCGCUGCGGUUCAACUUUUACCAAGUCAUCACCUGCGGCCCCUGGGCGCCGCCGGAGCUCCGGGCGCUGCAGAGGCGCUGCCUGACGCCCGGCUGGUACGCGCUGCACAUCCAGAGGUGGCUCUCGCACUUCCCGGCCUCCCAGUUGCUCAUUAUUGAUGGACAGCAGCUGAGAAGUGACCCUGCUACUGUCAUGGAUGAAGUGCAGAAGUUUCUGGGAGUCUCUCCUCACUACAAUUACUCCGAAGCCCUAACGUUCGACCCUCAGAAAGGCUUCUGGUGCCAGUUAUUGGAAGGAGGGAAAACAAAGUGCCUGGGGAAAAGCAAAGGUCGGAAAUACCCACCAAUGGACCAAGAGUCCCGAGCGUUUCUGUCGAGCUACUACCGAGAGCACAACGUGGAGCUGUCCAAGCUGCUGCACAGGCUGGGCCAGCCGCUGCCCUCCUGGCUGCGGCAGGAGCUGCAGAAGGUCAGGUAGCACCGGGGGGACCCGGCCAGGCGCAUUCCUGCCCGCUCAGACCCCCCCCGCUCCUCCGGCUCACUCGGCAUCGUCAGGACAGGACCUCACGGACCCCGCUCUUCCCAGCGAAACCAGACAAACGGCAAGAGAAUAAGUCAAAAAGCCCCAGACCCAAGGCCGGCGCCUGUCGGCGCGCUCGUGCUGCCCGCGGAGCGGCAUCGAGCCCUUGCGGAGCUCCCGGCUGGCGCCAGCGGCACCCCCGGGCUCCGGGGCGGGAGCCGCGCGGAGCCUCGUCCCUCCCUUCGCCGGGAAGUGCCGGGAGCCCCGCGGAGCACCGACGGAGCCCGGACCACUGACGGAUUGCAGUCUGGCAGGACACGGGCGAAGGAUGGGAACAUCUCUCGCUGGACUGGGAGUUCAUCCUUUUAGUGUGACUGCAAAGGUGUGGACCUGCCCAUGGACUCGAUUCCUCCAUCACUCUCCUGUCUAGAAAAGCUGCCAAAAAGAAAUAAGUAUUUGCAAGCAACACAAAUUCUGAAUUGUUCAGUGCUCCAGUGACUGGAUAACUUUUAUAAGACUUACUAUGAUUUCUGUAGUAUUUCAGAACAAAGGACAUCCUGUUGAUAGAGCUGAGGAAAAACUUCACUGUCUUGCCCAAGCUCUUUUUUUUCUUAAUUUUUCUUUCCCCUCCUACGUGACGACAGCACAUCCAGUUGAACAAACACUUGGUGUUGAAGCAGAAGGAAUUAAAAUAAAUUUUGAUCACUCAAAGUAUUUUUGUUGGGGGGGUGGGGGUGAUGAGGGAGGUCAAGGGCUGUAUUUGCUGGAAUUGUUUUAAAUAAUUGAUGUGCACACACCUGAUUAUCGGUUCUUCUCACUGCCGCAGAAUAAACACUUCUGAUGGUGUAUUACAGGGAGAGCUUUGCUUCUUUCCUUAAACCCUCUUUUCCAUUUCCUGAGCCAAAACCUGCUCUCCAACGGCCUCUGCCAUGGAUUUCAAACCGUGCACCUUCCCAACUCCUCCUGCCCCGGCAUCUCCCCGGGGCUUCCACCCGCCCUCAGCACAGCAGCCCC